CCCUUUCAGUUUAGCACUUGGGAUUCACGUCCUUCACUUGGUCCGGUAUUUCGAUCUCCUAAGCUCUCCUAUCUUCCGAUCAACAGCAAACUUUCAGACAGUGUCGGAACCAUAAUAUACUUGAUCUUUGCAGAUAGUGGUAACACUAUGGUCUCAAGCAAUUAUUAUAUUGUUCAGGCUAAUCCAUCACUGACAUCCAAGCCGCUCUCCCCCGCCCCGUUUUCGUCCGUCUCAUCGACAUCAACUCAGAAGUCGACAAAUACUGCAUCCGAGUCACUCUCCAAUUCCACUUCGGUUCGGUCCGUUUUCUCGACGUUGACUCAGACCUUUAGCACGAGUGCGACAACUUCUAUCCCAACGUCUAUCCGCGAUCCCUCUAGCACCAACGCCAUCACUCCCACUGCUACUCGCCCGAUGACCUCAACUUCGACUAGCUCGGAUCCUGCUGUAACUUUCACGCCGGGCAAGUCGACACACACGGCAGCCAUUAUAGGCGGUGCGGCUGGUGGAGCAGUGGCUCUCGUUAUCUUUUCGGCUCUGGCCCUUUACUGCCUUCGUUCCGGUGAGAGUGGAGGUCAGGAAGGCAGGAGUCUUACAAGACCAGUCGCACCUGUUCCACAGGGAUCCAGGCCUUCAGCCGGUCCUCAAAAUUCGGGUACGGACAGACGCGGUUCCGGAUACGACAAUCCCCCGUCAGACCCAGCCAAUCCCAGAAGUGUUAGUCCACCAAUUAGUUUCAAUAUGGCUGGCAUAGGUUCAGGCUCUCCGUGGCUUGUGAACCUCGGCCGCAACCCAAGGCACCCAACUGGUAGAAUGGGCUCACAAGACGUUAGAGGUGUCUCGUUUCCGGACUCCUCUAUUCCCAGGAAUGUUACUAGGCCAGAAUGGAGGCCUGGCGAAGGUCCUACAGUCCAAAUGUCCAUUGCGCGGCCAGUGCCACAUCCAGCACCAGAUGAUACGCCGGAAUAUUCCUACGGUUCAUCCGACACGAGUUAGGUAUACGUCUCUGACAGCAUCUCCUCGUUCUCUUUGGUAUAUUUGAUUUCGGCAUGCUUUUGUACUUUAACAUUUCUCUGUAGUUCAUCUGGUACGACCGAUAAUUCGUUCAGAGGCCGUGUGAUAUGUGGGGCCAAACAGGACAACUAUCAUUUAGUUUGGUCCUUCCUUGUCUCCUCCAUCUCGCCCUGGUCCCACCAUAGCUACUGCUGAGUGGAAGCUUAUCCUUGCAUGCGGCCAUCAGUACGAAUGGGGCUGUGACAUCUCUCAUAUUAUAGUAGUCCUGCUCCUUUAUUGUAUUGCGGUAG